CCCUUGCUUAGAUUUUUUUCCAUGCACACUACCCCGCCAGUCCCCCCGCCGCCCCUUUAUCUUUGUCUCCCACCCGCCAUUCUCUCCCUCCGUCCUCCAUCUCUCCCUCCCAUCCCUUAGACAUCUUCUCAUUUCCACCUACGAGUCGAGUUCUAAGCAAAAUGGUUCAAUCAUCAGUCCUCGGGUUCCCCCGCAUGGGAGCCAACCGUGAGCUCAAGAAGGCCACUGAAGCUUACUGGUCCGGAAAGAUCUCUCAGGAGUCUUUGAUCGAGACCGGAAAGACCCUCCGUGCUGCUCACUGGAAGCUCCAGAAGGAUGCCGGUGCCGACAUCAUUGCCAGCAACGACUUUUCGUUCUACGACCAGGUCCUUGACCACAUCCAGAUGUUCAACGCUGUCCCCGAGAGGUACCGCAAGUACGACCUCAACGCUCUUGACGAGUUCUUCGCCAUGGGUCGUGGUCUGCAGCGUGCUGCCACUGAGACGACUGCUGCUGUCGAUGUUACUGCUUUGGAGAUGGUGAAAUGGUUUGACAGCAACUACCACUACGUCCGUCCUACUCUCCUGGACGGUCAGACUUUCACCCUGUCUGCCGACCCCAAGCCCGUCCGCGACUUCCUUGAGGCCAAGGCCCAGGGUAUCGUCACACGCCCCGUCAUCCUCGGACCCGUCUCUUUCCUCCACCUCGGAAAGCCUGACCGUGGUGCCUCUGUCGACCCCAUCACCCUCCUCGACGCUCUCCUGCCCGUCUACGAGCAGCUCUUGAUCAAGUUGGCCGAGGCUGGUGCCGAGACUGUCCAGAUCGACGAGCCUGUCCUGGUUCUCGACCUUCCCCAGAAGAGCAAGGAUGCUUUUGGCCCCGCCUACGAGAAGUUCGCUGCUCUCGGAAGCAAGAUCCCCAAGCUCGUCUUGGCCACCUACUUCGGUGACAUCGUCCACAACCUAGACGUUCUCCCCAAGACCACUGCCGGUGUCCACGUCGACCUUGUUCGUGCUCCCGCGCAGCUCGAGGAGGUCAUCAAGACCCUCGGAUCUAGCCAGGUCCUCUCCGUUGGUGUUGUUGAUGGACGUAACAUCUGGAAGACCAACUUCCAGACCGCCAUUGCCACUGUCCAGAAGGCCGUCCAGGCCCUCGGCGCUGAGCGUGUCAUCGUUGCCACCUCUUCUUCCCUCCUCCACACUCCCCACACCCUCUCUUCCGAGAAGAACCUUCCCACCGAGGUUGCCGACUGGUUCUCUUUCGCCGCCGAGAAGGCCAAGGAGGUCACCACCAUUGCCAAGGCUGUCACCGCUGGCCCCGCUGAGCUCAAGGCUGAGCUCGAGGCCAACGCUGCCUCCAUGAAGGCCCGUGCCACAUCCAGCCGCACCAACGACCCCGCCGUCAAGGAGCGUCAGUCCAAGAUCACCCCCGAGAUGUACAACCGCAAGUCUGCUUUCCCCGAGCGUAUCGCCUCCCAGCAGGCUCACCUCAACCUCCCCCUCUUUCCCACCACCACCAUCGGUUCUUUCCCCCAGACUAAGGAAAUCCGUAUCAACCGUCAGAAGUUCACCAAGGGUGACAUCACUGCCGAGCAGUACGAGAAGUUCAUCGAGCAGGAGAUCGAGCUCGUCGUCCGCGAGCAGGAGGCUCUUGGCCUCGAUGUUCUCGUCCACGGAGAGCCCGAGCGUAACGACAUGGUUCAGUACUUCGGUGAGCGCCUGAACGGUUACGUCUUCACUACCCACGCCUGGGUCCAGUCCUACGGAUCCCGUUGCGUGCGUCCCCCGAUCGUUGUCGGUGACAUCUCGCGCCCUGCUCCCAUGACCGUCAAGGAGUCCAAGUACGCCGCCUCGAUCACCGACCGCCCCAUGAAGGGUAUGCUCACUGGUCCCAUCACCUGUCUGCGGUGGUCGUUCCCCCGUGACGACGUUCACCAGUCCGUCCAGGCCGAGCAGCUCGCUCUUGCCCUCCGUGACGAGGUUGUUGACCUCGAGGCUGCUGGUGUCAAGGUCAUCCAGGUUGACGAGCCUGCUCUCCGUGAGGGACUUCCCCUGAGGAAGGGUGCCGAGCGUGAGGCGUACCUCGACUGGGCCGUCAAGUCGUUCCGUCUUGCCACCACCGGUGUCGAGAACAACACUCAGAUCCACUCGCACUUCUGCUACUCUGAGUUCCAGGACUUCUUCCACGCCAUCACUGCGCUCGACGCCGAUGUUCUCUCGAUUGAGAACUCCAAGUCGGACGCUAAGCUCCUCAAGGUCUUCGAGGACGAGGCUUACCCCCGUCACAUCGGCCCCGGUGUCUACGACAUCCACUCUCCCCGUGUUCCCUCAGAGGAGGAGAUCAAGACCCGCAUCGAGGAGAUGUUAACCUACCUCAAGCCUGAGCAGCUGUGGAUCGACCCCGACUGUGGUCUUAAAACCCGUCAAUGGGCCGAGACCCGUGCCGCUCUGAAGAACAUGGUCUCUGCUGCCAAGUUCUUCCGUGAGAAGCACUCCAAGGCUUAAUUUGUCGGUUCCUUGUGUUUUUCACGAUUUUAAUUUGUAGCAUCUCUAGGAUAGGGGUUGUGAGGUAGGAAGGAUUCAACAUCGGCGUUUUGUGGUGCAAAAAGUCCAACUUUUAUUGCGGAUUUCGAUUUCUUUUCAUUUUCAUUUCAGGGUAUGGGUUGGAAAAGGGUUUUCUCGUCUGGGUGCAUUUCGAUCUCUUCGGUUCAGCCAUUGUUACCAUCAACUGGUAAACACUCUGAUAACUUGUAAUAGUUAUCCUGAAGAAUAAUACAAC